UGCAACGCAGUGCCGCGUGAAAAUCAAGGAGCUGAGACAAGGCUACCAGAAGACCAAAGAGGCAAACGGACGCUCCGGAUCCCAUCCCCAGACAUCCCGUUUCUACGAGGCACUGCAUUCCAUCCUCGGUGCGGCCGCCACCACUACCCCACCACUGACCGUGGACUCUGAGGAUGGGAUAUUGUCCACGGCCGGUUCCUCGGACAUGUUAGCGGACGGGGAAGAUGAGGAAGGAGAUGAGGAGGGCGAGGCAGUCGGCAGCGCUCACAACACUGAUUUCCCCGACAGCCAGGAUCUCUUCAUCACCCUUACAGAGAUCCCCUACGAAGCGUCCCCAGCCGUUACCCCGGACACAGAAUCUGGGGAAGGAUCAGCCACCACAUCUGCGACUGUCUCACAACCUAGCCUGGCAUCACACUCCCAGAGGCUAGCGAAGAUUAGGCAUAGGAAGAAGAGGACACGGGAGGACAUGUUCUCUGAACUUAUGGCCUGUUCCCAAGCCCAGGCAGCACAGCAGACCCAGUGGCGGGAGGAAUUGACCCAAAUGCAGCAAGCAAACAUGGAUCGGGAGGAGAGGUGGCGGCAGGAAGACCAGCAGGCGACUCAAACGCUGCUUGGACUACUGAGGGAGCAAACAGACACGCUCCGGCGCCUUGUGGAUGUUCUGCAGGAACGGAGGCAGGAGGACAGAGCCCCGCUGCAGUCCAUCUCUAACCGCCCUCCCCCGCCACCAAGUCCCAUACCCACCUCACCCAAAGUGCAAAGAAGGAGAGGCGGCAGAGUCCCUGCUAACUCUCACUCCACCCCUGCAGAGAGCUCUAGUAGCAGAAGGCUCUCAUUCCCCAAAACUUGAAAAGUUCUUUCCUUCCCGCCUGACACAAGCCCCCGUCCAAGUUUCACCUCCCAGUUCCAUGUGUAGUUGAUAAUAAAAAAUACGUUCAUGUUAAGUACUGUUUCAAUGAUGUUCUUUUGGAGGAGGAGGGGAAAGGGGGUUGGUAAUUGGACAGGACAGUCGCCUUUGGCAGGGUACAUAGGCGGGGGCAGGCACAGCAGCAGGGCACAUACACAGUGCAGUGAUGCAGUG